CCCCUCGGGAAUCCCGCUGAAUUUGAAGAAGGCUCACUUGGAAACUUUGGAGCACGUACCAUGGAGUCCGAGACUGAGGCAAAAGGGAAAUCCCAGCACAGCUUGAAUUUACUGAAUAAAAUUAGGAACAUGAAAGAAUUAGCGGAAAUGAUUGACGUGGUACUCAUAGCACAAGAAGAGCGAUUUCCUUGUCACCGGCUGGUCCUGGGCGCGUUUAGUCCUUACUUCAAAGCCAUGUUCACCUGCGGGCUCCUGGAAUGUACCCAGAGGGAAGUCGUGCUGCAUGACGUCACAGCAGAGAGCGUGUCCGUCAUACUGAAGUACAUGUACGAUGCAGCCUUGGAGAUCAGUGACGCCAACGUCCAGACCGUAGCCACCGCUGCCUAUUUUUUGCAGAUGGAAGACAUCUUCGCCGCGUGUCAGAAAUACAUGAUGGACCACAUAGAUGCCUCCAACUGUGUAGGCAUCUAUUACUUCGCCGAGCAGAUGGCAGCUGAAGAUUUAUCCGAUCAAUCGAAAAAAUACUUGUAUCAGCACUUCGCCGAGGUGUGCUUGCACGAUGAAAUCCUGGAGGUCGGAGUGCACGAGCUCCUCAAGCUCAUUCAAUCAGACGAUCUCAACGUUUCCCGAGAGGAGAGCGUUCUGGACGUAGUUCUGAGAUGGGUAAAUCAUAACCGAGUGUCGCGCACGGAGCACCUCGUGGAGCUCCUGAAGCAAGUCAGACUGGAGCUCGUAAACCCUUCUUUUUUAAGACGAGCCGUCAGAAGUAAUACGAUGCUUCUGUGUGAUGCCGAUUGCAUCGACAUAAUCCAAGAUGCAUUCAAAGCCAUCAAGGCUCCUCAACGGAACCUUCCACACCUUCGCUACGGCAUGGAGACCACCAGCCUUCUGCUGUGCAUCGGCAACGAUUCUUCGGGAAUCCGAUCAAGACACAGGAACUACGGAGAUGCGAGCUUUUGUUACGAUCCGGUAUCUCAGAAGACUUACUACAUCUCAUCUCCCAAGUAUGGCGAGGGGUUAGGAACCGUGUGUACCGGUGUCGUCAUGGAAAACAACACUAUCAUCGUGGCGGGAGAAGCCAGCGCCUCUAAGCUCGCCAGGCAAAAGAACCGGAACGUCGAAAUCUAUAGGUUUAUGAAAAAUAAAAACCAAUAUCUCAUCACAAACUGCGUGGAUAAGUACUCUGUGGAACAAGACAGUUGGAAAAGGGUGUCUCCCCUUCCAGUGCAAUUGGCGUGUCAUGCUGUAGUGACAGUCAAUAACAAGCUCUACGUGAUUGGAGGCUGGACCCCUCAGGCGAACCGCGCGGGGUCCCUGCAGCACGCUGCCGUGCGGGUGUCACCCGCGUCGCAGUUGCUGGAGCGGAAGCAGGACCUACGGACCCGAAUUGUAGGAAGAAACAUCCGGGCGAUUCUGGGGUGCAUCGUCAUAGGACAGCACGUUGCAAAACACAAAUAUGGCGAGGAAAGCGGAAGGGGAAUUGGCUGCAUAGGUGAGGACCGGGGCCAGGUCCGGCAGUGCCUUGACGUCGUGGAGAUCUACCACGCGGAUUGGGACUUCUGGCGCCAGGGCCCCCCCAUGCCAAGUCCCCUCCUCUCACUGCGAACCAAUUCUACCAACCGUGUAGCGUUGGUGUGAGCAUUGUACCUGUGUGUCAUACCCCAUGGGAUUCUUGUCUUCCUGCUCUGCUGUCUUUCAGAUCGCCACGAGGUGAUCUCCAAAGAAAUCCUGGAGCUGGACACCUGGGAGAGCGAGUGGAACGUUGUAGCCGUCAACGUCCUCAUGCACGACAGCUACGACGUCUGUCUGGUGGCCAGAAUGAACCCCCGCGACCUCAUCCCCCCUCCUGCAGACCUGAGGGAGGAAGGCGGUGAGCACUGAGCGGGCGUUGCCGGGCCCUCAGCGUGGCGGGGCCCCCGGCACCCACCGGCCACGCCAGACACGCGCCUUGCAUGCGGGGUGGCCCGUGCGACGCAGCCGGGAGCUGGGGGCUGGAGGGCGGCACGCAGAGCCCGCC